AUGCCGCCGACACCACGGUUCAAGACUCAGCGAAAUCCUCAGACACCGAGAUCACAGAAGAAGCGUUUGCCUAAGGGGCGCUACAGCGAUAAUCACUGGUGGUGUAAUUGCGAGCCACGCCAGAAGGCUACACUUCGUGAAGUCAAGAAAACGGGACCAAACAAUGGAAAGCUCUUCUGGAAAUGCAAUGACUGUAACUUUUUCCUCUGGAGAGAAGAGGCCAUAGCUCGCGAAAACGGCUUGAAGGCAUCCAGGAAAGGCGAUGAAUCUGCCAAGUCUGAACCGCCUACCAUGACCCAGCAGUCCCUUGUGGCAUACGGUUAUCAAGUUACACCCAGCCGGCGCCAAAGCGACCAAGAUUCUGCGGAAAGUACAGAGUCUGGUGGAGAAUCCGAACCUGAGACUCCGAUGCCAAAGUCUGCCAAGAAUCGAACGCAAGCUUCAGGGCCUCCGAAGUCAUCUUCACUAGCAGCAGUGGCUGCUGAGACUCCAAGCCGUGGACCAGCUAAGAGACGUCGAGAUGUCUUUGAAGAGACAGAUGAAGACUUCAGUGAUAUAGGGUCAGAUGAAGAGCGUCAAAUGGCUGCUAUCUCAGACAAGAGUGCCGAGAAGGCGGCUCAGAAGCGAUACACCACACCCAGCACUUCGCGCUCUGCCGAUCUUAUUUCUGGGCUGCCAACGCCCUCUGUUUCGCGCACGCUGUUUCCCACCAGCGAGGCUAAGAGACAGAAACAAGUCUCCUUUGACGAGACCCCUUCGCGAUACACAGAUACCAUGUCAUCCACCACUCUCUCGGCGAAUACUACGCCCUCCAAGACACCAUUCAGACAGCAAGAGCCUCCCGCGAGCAGCCCCCCAGAGACCAUCUACGACGUAACGGACGAGAUCAUGACUAUUUUGCGGGGUCAAAAAAUCGACCCAAAAACUCUAUCAUCAGUGCGAAAUAUUCUGGCCACCUCCGCACGCCGAACUAGAGGUAUUGUAUUGGGACGUGAUACCGCCCGGGCAAGCCUCAAGGCCAAAGACGAGAAAAUUGCGACGCUCCAGGAGCGGGUUGCAGCCUUGGAGAAUCGCGAGAGGAUGCACAGAAGCCAGAUGACGAAUAUCAAGGCUGGUUUGAUGAAGAUCAAAUCACCAUUGACCGGCCAGACUAUAUCCUCGUUCACAUAUCAAAACUUGGUUGGAUUCGAUUCGAAUACAUUCAUCAUCAGCAUAGACGGUUCCACUCGAUACCAUCUCAUGGCUUCACGCAUGUCCCUCUUCGCCGGGCGCCUUGCCGCUUCGGCUUCUCGAUUCACCCCUCGCACAUCACCUAUGGCCGUUCAAUGCAGUCGUCCUUACUCUUCUCAACCACCAAAGCCUCGCCGCAAUGACGAGGUCAAGUUCUGGCCUUUCUUGGUUGUCAUUCUUGUUGGGACAGGAGGCUACGUUGCCCUUGUCAAUCGUCGCAAUGGACGGAUACACAACCCGGAUCCUCACAAAAAGUUCACAUCAUCCUUUUGA